AUGGUGAUCUUUAUUCAUCAAUUUUCCCAAAAGAAAAGAAAGGAAGGCCAAGUGGCCUUGGUCUAUUAGUAGGUGGAGUCGCUUCGGAGCGCCUUGCUCAAGUUGAAGCUGAACUACAUGCUGCUAAACAAGAGAACAUGGAGCUUCGGCAUGUGGUGCAUACUCUGGUGGCAAAUCAAACUUCAAUAAUGGCCAAGAGUGAGAGAAUGCAAGAACAGUACAAUGAGCUAAAAAGUUUGAUCAUAGCUUCUAGGGGGUCUGUUGAAAUGGGAGAGAUUCCAGAAAAGGAGCUUCCAAAUAAAGAUCCUUCUAAGGUGAUUCUUGUUUCAUCUCUUAAAUUAAGUCACAUUAUUUGAGCAUUUACUACUAGCUAAAUAUGAUUCUCCACAUACUAGGACUUGGAAAACAUGAAUGACGAAGAACAAGCAACUUCACUUUCAUAUACUACCAAGGCAUCCGAGGCAAUGGCUGCUCCAAGGCAUCCAGAUAAGGUGAAGGCAACCCAACUAGAAUCAAGGAUAACAGAAUCAGCACUACCAAGUCUUGCGCCUGUGCCAAAACUGAAGAAGACAAAGACAACUAAACAUAAGAAACCAGGAAUAUUUCAAACACCACUCCAAAAGGGGCCAAAGGACGAAUUAAAAGAUACCAUAAAGUGUGGCAUGGAAGUUAGUUUGACGUCACCAAACAGUGCAAGUGUGGUGGCAAUGGGAACCAUUCAGAAAACUGAUAGAAAAGCUAAAGCUAUUGAUGGUCAACCACUAGCUGAUUGUGUUGAAGUACUUGUCAACAUCGUGCUCAAAGAAACAACUGAGCUGCCUCGUGCACAAGGGAAAAUAAACAGGCUAGGAAAUGCCCAAGCUAGGUGUAUUCCAUGGCCACGCAAAAAUAUUAUGCAAACAGACCGUACUACUGUGCUGCAUUGUUUCUAG